ACCACAGACAUGGAGAAGGCUAAGGAUCCAGACCUUCACAAGCAAAACAACCAGGAAGAGCAACAAGACCGAAGCAAAACCAUUACAGACCAGCAGGUCCUGACCCAAGCCCAGAAUGGAGCUCAGGACUCGGGGCAGCACCAGGAUGCCCUUCAUGCCCUGGAGGAGUGUGUGAGUCUGCUAGAAGAGUUCCAGAGAGCCGUGAGGAAGAAGGAUGCACUCAUCACUGUACUCCUGAAGACACAGAAACAGGGAGCAGGAGACGGGCUUAAGGUCCAUCCAGCCUACCCAUCCAAAGUUCAGUGUGACACUACUGAGUCUUCAGAGGACCAGACUAGCAGAAGCCCUAGUCAUUCAUCUCCUGACCCCUGUCAAUCAUCCUCUGACAUAUGUCAAUCAUCCCCUGACAUAUGUCAAUCAUCUCCUGACCCCUGUCAAUCAUCCUCUGACAUGUGUCAAUCAUCCACACAAACUGUGGAGGUCCAGACUGAAGCAGUAGACCAGAGCAAUGGACCUGCAGAUACCCACAAUAACCAGACAGAGGCAUGUGCCAGGACCCCAGUCAGGCAGAUGAACGGAAGUGGAGGAGAGGAAGAGGAAGAUAGAGAGGAAGAGGAAGGUAAAGAGGAAGAGGAAGUGACAAGCUCCUCCAGGCUCCUCCCACCCAGCCUGAGAAAGAGGCUGCAGGAGAUCCAAGUGCUUGAUAACGUCAUCGCCAGGAAAGACAAGAUCAUCAGAGAGCUGAGCAGUCAUAAUGCGGUGCUGAUGGGGAGUGUCCAGAGACUGACGGAGGAGAAGUACAGACAGAAGGAGAUGCUCUCAGAGGCCCUGCUCCUGAUGAGAGUCCAACACACACACACACACUAACACAC